GGCCUCCCCAUUUUUUUUUUCUUGUAAUCUUCCAUUGGAUAGUUGUUUGCAAGGAUAGCGAAAGAUUUUGAAGAACAGUUUGCAAAUCAGAUUCCAGAAAAAGGGUCCAUUUUUUAACUCUUCUGGUAUCUCUCCACAAACUACAGAGAAGCUCUUCUCUUGCACAAACUUAUAAAGAAACAGCAAAGAUGGAGCAAAAGGAAGCAACUAGCCGGAAAAGCAGCAGUUUUGCAUGCAGGAUUCAUGAACAUGUAAAACUAGGUCCUAAACUCUCAGAAACUCUAAAGGGUAAGUUGAGUUUGGGUGCUAGGAUUAUACAAGAAGGUGGGAGAGGGAACAUUUUCAAGCAUAUUUUUGGGAUGCAAGAAGGAGAGCAACUCUUGAAGGCUUCACAGUGCUAUUUAUACACAACUGCUGGUCCUAUUGCUGGAGUUCUCUUUAUCUCCACUAAAAAGGUUGCAUUUUGCAGUGAAAGGCCAAUAACCUUCUCUUCUGCAGCUGGGGAAUUGGUCAGGUCACCCUACAAGGUUUUGAUACCAAUAGGAAAGAUAAAAGAAGUCAAUGAAGGGCAGAAUGUGAACAACACAGAACAAAAGUAUUUAGAAAUAGUUACUCAGGAUGCCUCUGAAUUUUGGUUUAUGGGAUUUUUACGGUAUGAGAAAGCCUUCAGGAAUCUUCAGAAAGCCAUUUCCAUGUCAAUUUAGCUCCCAAAAGAGAUUAUUAAACAUGAUUUCUAUGAUGUUU